AUGACUUCGAACAAGUCUAAUAAUGUUCGUAUUAUUCUAACUCCAAUAAAAAUAGUUCGUGAUUCAGCAACUGGUCAAUGGUCAACACCAAAAUCAAAAAAUGAUUCAAUUCAAAAAGUUAAAUAUAAUCUACGUGUACGAACACCAUCAACACCUGUUGUUUCAUUAUCAUCACCUAUUUCAAAAAAAGAUAUAAAUCAUACACCAAGACCAUUAACACGAGCAAGUCGUCAAAUUAGUUUUGAAAAAGAUAAAGAUGAAUAUGAACAAGAACAAUCUUCGUCAAGUGAUGAAGAAGAUGAUGAUGAAGAUGAUGAUGAUGAUGAUGAUGAAAGUUUAUCAAGUGAUGAUGAAAAGAUUAUAUCAAAUAAUCGAAAACCAAAUUUAAUUAAUAAAGGAACACCAGCUACCAAAAAAAUACGAACAACAUUUUUACCACGAAUAAAUACAAUGACAUUAUCUGAUUUACAAAAUGAUGAUGAUGGUAUAACAUCUAUUGAUAUUUCUAAUGAUGUAUUUGUUCAAGCUCGACAACGACUUUUACCGACAAACUUACCUGAAGCACCACCAUGUCGUGAACAAGAAUCAAGUUCUAUUGCAGCAUUUAUUACAAAUAAACUUGAUGCACAAGCUGGCGGAGCAUUAUAUGUAAGUGGUGUUCCCGGUGUUGGAAAAACAGCUAUUGUAAAUAAAGUAGUACGUGAAUUAAUGCUUCUUUCAAGUGAUUCUGAUUUACCAAAAUUUAAAUAUAUUUUUCUUAAUGGAAUGAAAUUAAAUAAACCAGAAAAAAUCUAUAAUCAACUUCUACAAGCUAUUGACGAUAAUGAAAUAAAUCGAAAACGUAGUUCUAAAAUGGCUUGUAAACUUCUAUCAAAAUAUUUUACAGAUCGAGUUAAUAAAAAAAAACAAGCUAUUGUUUUAUUACUUGAUGAAGUUGAUCAUUUACAUACAAAAAAUCAAACAAUUUUAUAUAAUAUGUUAGAAUGGCCACAACAACCUUAUUCAAAAUUAAUUGUUAUUGCAAUAGCUAAUACACUUGAUUUACCUGAAACAAUGUUUAAAAAAAAACUUCAAUCACGUUUAGGUUUAAAUCGUGUCAUAUUUCAUCCAUAUACAUUUAAACAAUUAAAUGAAAUAGUUCAAGCACGUCUUGGUCCUGAUUUAUCAUCAUUAUUUGAUAAAGAUGCACUUGAUUUAAUAUGUCGAAAAGUUUCAUCAAUAUCAGGUGAUGUUCGUCGUGUACUUCAAAUAUGUUCACAAACAUUAGAUAUGGCACAAUUAGAUAAAUUAUCAAAUAAAGUUACACUUGAACAUGUACAAAAAACAUUUGAACGUUUAUAUACAUCAACACGAACGAUAUUUAUUCGAAAUUUAAAUCCUAUUCAACGUAAAGUACUUGAAGCUAUUCAAGAUGAAUUAUCAUAUGGAAAAGGACGAGAAAUUACAACAGUUAAUGCUAUUUAUGAUAGACUUGAUAAAAAAGAAUAUAGCUUUACAGAUGUUCGUCGUAUUUGUGCACAAUUAUCAGCGUGUGGAUUAUUAUUAUUAGAUAACUCAUCAAAUAGUACUGCUCGACAAAGUGUUCGUUUGAGCAUGCCUAUUCAUUUACUUAUAUUUGCACUUAAAAAUAAUAAUUAA